ACUGCGCGCGGCCGCGCGUGAUCGCCGGCGCAGCCGAGCCCUGUGCGCCUGUGCCUGCGCCGCCCGCCCCAGGCCCCGGCCUCGGCCGAGCGAUGCUGCUGCUGGCGGCCGCCUUCCUCGUGGCGUUCGUGCUGCUGCUCUACAUGGUGUCUCCGCUCAUCAGCCCCAAGCCCCUCGCCCUGCCCGGGGCGCAUGUGGUGGUUACAGGAGGCUCCAGUGGCAUCGGAAAGUGCAUUGCUAUCGAGUGCUAUAAACAAGGAGCUUUUAUAACUCUGGUUGCACGAAAUGAGGACAAACUGUUGCAGGCAAAGAAAGAAAUCGAAAAACACUCUAUUAAUGAUAAACAGGUGGUGCUUUGUAUAUCAGUUGAUGUAUCUCAAGACUACAGCCAAGUAGAGAAUGUCAUAAAACAAGCACAGGAGAAACUGGGCCCAGUGGACAUGCUUGUAAACUGUGCAGGAAUGUCACUUGCAGGAAAAUUUGAAGAUCUUGAAGUUAGUACUUUUGAAAGAUUAAUGAGCGUCAACUACCUGGGCAGCGUGUACCCCAGCCGAGCGGUGAUCACCACCAUGAAGGAACGCCGCGUGGGCAGGAUUGUCUUCGUGUCCUCCCAGGCGGGGCAGUUGGGCUUAUUUGGUUUCACAGCCUACUCUUCGUCCAAGUUUGCCAUCAGGGGAUUGGCGGAAGCUUUGCAGAUGGAGGUGAAGCCGUAUAAUGUUUAUGUCACAGUUGCCUACCCACCAGACACAGACACCCCCGGGUUUGCAGAAGAAAACAAAACCAAGCCUUUGGAGACUCGUCUUAUUUCAGAGACCACAUCUGUUUGCAAACCAGAACAAGUGGCCAAACAAAUUGUUAAAGAUGCCAUACAAGGAAAUUUCAACAGUUCCAUCGGCUCAGAUGGGUACAUGCUCUCGUCCCUGACCUGUGGAAUGGCUCCGGUAACUUCCAUCACUGAAGGGCUCCAGCAGGUAGUCACCAUGGGCCUCUUCCGUACGAUUGCUUUGUUUUACCUUGGAAGCUUCGACAGUAUAGUUCGUCGCUGCAUGAUGCAGAGAGCGAAAUCUGAAAUUGCAGACAAAACUGCCUAAUUCUUAUCCCUUGGAAAAAGACUUUCUAAAUAAUUUGACCAGCUUGCUGCUAAACGGGACGCAGUUUUUGGCCUGCAGACAUUCAUGUCUUGCUUUCGAAUCUGUGAGAUUGGACCAGUGCUCUUCAGAAACCUGGCUGCAAGCAGGGGGAUAGACGUUCAACUCCAGAGAAUAUUAUUAAUACUAUGCAAAUUGGGAGCAGGAGACCACUUGAUUCUCCGAGGCGGAGAAGUGAUGGUAAGGGAAUUCAUAGCGUGUGAGCAGGGUAAAUGACAGGAUUCCAGAGUGAUCACUGAAAAUUUUUUCUAUUUAUUCUUUUUUUUCCCUGGUAGAGAUCAAGUCCAGAAAUGUACUUUCCAAGCACUUUUUUUUAACCUUUCAUGAGAGGCAGUUUAUGGGUUCCUGGGGCCUUUUUCUUUUCUUUUUUCUUUUUUUUCUUUUUAACUUGGUGUAUUUUAUUCCAGAUGCAUUUUAUACAUUGCCGCUGUGUCUGAGUGCAUAGUAACGUCCCUCACUUACUCUGUUGCUGGUGGACUCUCGUGGCUUCUCUCUCUUUGAUCCCAUAAAACUACAAGGGGGAUGGGAGAGGGCAAUGCAGUGGAACAAAGGAGAUAAAUAUUUUCCAGUCGGAAAAAAUAAUGCUUUCUUGUCUUCUUUAGACUCAAAUGCUUAGGGCACUGUUCAUUUUUCAUUCACUGGGAAAGGCAGGCUCCUAAAAUGUUUUCUGAAGAGAAGUCAAAUCUUAGAAGCUUAAAAGUUUACAAUUUCUUCAAUAGCCAUGAUGACCUGAAGCUCACCCAUGCCAUUGUAGUGUCUUAUUCUUCCCAUGUCUUCCUUUCCAAUUUUGCUUAUACUGCUAUAAUAUUUUUGUAAAAAAAAAAAAGAGAAGACCAGUUUUUUUUGACUUGACUUUUUAAAUUAAUUAAUGAAUUUAUUAAAGCAAAUGAAAAAAUUAGAAAGCGUGACCUUUGUCUCCUCGUAGCAUAUAUGUAGCUUUUAAGAAAGGGUGAUGAUAGCAUGUUUCAGUUUUAUUCAUUAAGAAAUAACAUGUAGGACGACAAGACCGAUGUUGAAGAUACUCGUUUUUGAAAUAAAAUGAUCACCCUGUUCUUCCUAUGACUCUCCCACUGACCCUGAGAACAUCCUCUCUGUACCACAUGUUAAGAAAGCCCAGCCAUCACUCUCACCGUAGAGACCUGGGAAUCCCGUUGGUCCCCUGAGUUUUGUUUCGAGAUGCCAGGCUCCGUUGUCCAUUGGUUGGAUUUCCACAGCAAGUGCCUCUGUUGAGUUUUAGCCACCGCCACCUGCUUUGCUCUGUCAUUGUAUAUGUUCCUCUGACUUGAGGGCAGUCACCUCCAUUGUAACGCUGUGUCCCCUCCCCUCUGCAUACACAGUAAGUUUAUACAUUACCACCUUCCAGUUCCUUUUGGGGAGGAAAGACCACUGCUUUUGAAGGAAGAAACUUUUUUUUAUUGUUUAAAAAAAACAACACAAAAGGUUGUUUCGGUAACAGUACAAAACAAUACAAUUCUACAAAAGAUUAAAGACCUAAAAAUUAUUGCAAAUCUUUUUUGCUUUUGAGUUUUUGAACUCUUGACUUUAAAAUGACUUAAUUUUUACAAAGUAGGAUGUCUAAUGGCUUUAAUCCAUGGUGUCUUUUUAAAAGACAUGAGAAUGGCACAUUUUCAAACACUGACAAAGACAGAAGAAAUUAUUAUUUAAUAUAUAAGGUGCUUGGGAUGACUUCAUUGCAGUUUAUGGGAGUGGUUUGAACCCAUAAUGGUUUCAUGAAUCUUUCAGCCUUAGAGAGCCAUCAUCUGCAACGUUGAGUCAUAUCGGGCAGCCUCUGAAAGGGAGUAAAGGCUGUGUUCUCCUAAUUCAUGGAUACAAAUUAAUAGCUGGGUGCUUCUCAAUUUUAUUCUUUUCUCAUAAAUGUUUCUCGAAUGUUGGCACCUUCUACUGAAGGUCUAUAUUAAAAUCUAGUCCCAGGUGAUGCCUCAUUUAAUAAAAUUAACUAUUUUACAAUAGUUAUUUCAAUAUACAUUUCUCAAGGUAUCCUCAGAGAGAACACUGUGACUCCAGGUCACCUACUGCAUUAACAAAUUUGCAAUGCCCUGUUCCACGGUGGGGAGAUAUCCCCAACCCAAAUGAAGCUCAGGCAUGAGAGCAGAUCUGUGGAGGUUAUAGUAUCAGGGAAUGGGGCUGCUUUGUCAGAGACGGCAAAGGUCUACAUUCUUAUAACCAAAAAGCUUUGAAAACUGAGGUGUUCCUUUUUUUCUCCCUAAAUUUGGUGCCAUAAUUCAUUUGGUAGCAAAACCUGACUUGAACUGACUUGAGAUUAUUAUAGUUUUUAUUUAUGCCACUCCAUGGGCUGUUCAUUAAUUUUGUCCGAAGAAAUACCAAUGAGUUUGACUUACAGGGAUUGCCCCAGACUCUGUGGGGAUGUUUUGUAAUAUCCAGUAUAUGCCCCAUACUACCUUUUUAAAUGCAAAAAAAAAAAAAUGAUGAAUUCUGAAACACAUCUGACCUGAAGGGCUUUGGAUGAGGGAUUGUAGACACUUAAGCAGCAUCACAUAACGAUCUGGCUUCAUCCAAACCAUGAAAAUAUUACAAGGCAAAUUCUAUUUUUUAUCCUUUUUGGCUCAAUUCUUGUACAACCUUUUUUUAUACCGACUUGCUUUUUGCUCAGGGGAAGAAGAGAAAGCCUGAGUCAGAUUGUUAGGGAAACUACUGGCUUUUUUUUAAGGAUUGCAUUGAUUCCACACUUUCUAUUGUACCCAGGAGUGGGUAUGUCUUACUUGUGGCAGAAGAAGUUCAAUCAUAAUUCUGUUGAAAUGUGGGUUCUCUCUGUGUGAGACAUAGGUUAUUAUGUGAGUUUCAGUUCCAAGUGUCUGCCUCUGCUAGGUUGGGGUGUACUGUUUUAUUAUAAUGUAUUUGUGAGUAUAUUUAUUUUAAAAUGCUUAACGUUACUCAGCCUUAGAAAUUCCAAAAUAUGUUCAAGGACCCUCUAUCAUUGAAAAAGGUGUAGAAACAAUUCUCAUUUAUUUUUACAAAAACAAAGUCAAGAGAGUUGUUCUUUAUGUUUUAAAAUUUAACUUUCACACCUGAAAGGAGAAGAAACUAAAAAUGCUGUUAGUGAUGGUCCCUUUAUACGAACCCAUAUAUGUUUAAUUAUGUCUCUAUUUGGAUCUGUUAAGCCAUAUGUUGUUGAUUCUUAGAAGUAAACAUUUGAGAGACCAUUUCUAAUAUUUAGAUGACAAGAGCAUUUUGAUCACAGUUGCUUAGAUGCAAAGAAUUGUAUGUCUUUGUCUUUCUAGAAGUCAAUACCAUAAUAAUUUUUUUUCUUACUGAAUUGUAUCAUCAACAGAUUUAAUUUUAUUACAUCAUAUUCCACUUUAAACGUGUCUUAACUCACUUGAGGACACUUAAAAGAUUCACACUUUUUGACAUAAAAUGUUUUGAAUCUUUCUCAUUUCCUUAUCUUCUUAGUGACUCAGCUUUGAAAAAAUACCUACUAACCAUAACCUUCCAUAUUCUGGACUAAAUCUUGUUUAGUUCAGACCAGUGAUGGCAGAUUUGGUAUUUUGAAGAGGAGGUAAUAGCUAUUAUAUUUUACACUUGCUUGAUAUGACAACUCUAAAGACAUUUUUAAACUGUUAAGAGUGCCUAUGGCUAUUUUGAUAUAUAUUAGAACCUGUGUUUGCUACUUUAGAAGCUUUUGUGGCAGAAUUGUAACCUGAUUUUCAUAUCUUGUAUUUCUGAAUCACAACAAGAAAUAAAUGGGGAACACGCUUUACAGAUUCAAAAACUUCUUUUUUAGCAAUGUCCAUUUUUUUAAAGAGAUGUUUAAACAAACACAAACCUCUUUCAUAAUGUUAUCCUAACCUUGCAUCUUAAACACUUGACAAGGCUUGAUUUAUAUCACUUUUUUAGGAAGUAAUAUGAUCACGGUAAGUAUUUCGUAUUCUGGGCCCUCGUUUCAAAUGUGUUCAGUGUUUGUUUGACUCCAGUGUGGGAUAUAUGAGUCAAAGAGUAAGAAAUGUGGAAUUUAAUAAAAUUUCUUAAGUAAUUAUGUUUCAUACACAAAUAAAUUGAUUUCCCAUACUUUAAACCUUCAUAUUCCAACAAUGAAAUAUCUCCUAGACUCUUGAAGGGCAUAGAAGAGAGAUACGGGAAAGGACACGCCUUAAUAUUUAUUUCUCCGUCCUUAAAUAGAAAAAUUUUGGUCACAUUGAGAAGAGAUGCUUUGGAUGUCUUGAUUGGCAAACUUAACCUGUCUUUAAAUUUGAGCAACUUAUAUAUGUAAAUGGCGUAGAUAUCACUUCUAUAAUUUUUUAUGUUUGGACGUUUAAAAAGAGAAACAUUUCCUGACCUCUGUUCCACUCCUGAUUUUAUACACCCCAUUUUUCCUCCUUCAACAUGUAUUUAUUGAGUGCCUGUGACGAGCUCGGUAUCCAGGCGCCAGGGAUAUGACUUUGCAUAAACAAUCUGUCCCUCCCUCGUGGCAAUUACAUUUCUUAUUUCCCUCCCCCCUUCAUCCCUCUGAAGGCUCUUACAAGCCUUACGAGAGGAAGGGGAACCACUCCCCAUUCCUUUCUUCAGGCCUCUGAAUUUUAUGCCACAAUUAUUUGAAUGCCAGGCACUAUUCUAGGCUGGGAAUGCACAAAGGCAAAUAUGGUCCCUGCCCUCAAAUAGUUUAUAAUCUAGGGAGAAAGACACACGUCAGAAAUUACACGGUGAUCCAACAAUAGCUAUGAUUAAGGUAUCAUAACAUUUGAAAACGUAACCCGUGCUAGUCACUGUUGUGAGUGCUUUGCAUUUUACUCAUUUAAAUCAUCCACUAACCCUACCAGUGGUACCUUUAUAUCCCAAUGUUAUAAAUGAGGGCACAGGCACAGAGCGGGUGUAGUAACUAGGUUAGGGUCGCGGCUGCAAAGCGAUGAAGCCAGGAUCCACACCAGUUUUCUGUCUUCGAAGCUCCUAGCCUGCAUACGAAACCUCUUCUAAUGGCAUAAGUGGAAUCCUAGGACUGCCCAGGAUAGUCGGGGAUGAUCUCACAGUGGAGAAAGUUGUUGAGGUAAACCUUGAGGAAUGAGUAUGAAUUUGCCACAGGAAAGUCGGGUUCCUUUCAGGGAGAUGAGCAGAUGUGCAAAGGCAAAAGACACGUGAGAUCUUGGCGUAUUCCAGAAAGCACAUAGAGGUGAUGUGGCUACAAGAAGGGAAAGUGGAAGGAUUGGGUGGGUGUCCAGGGGGUAGGCUUGGGCCACAUCAUCCCAUGCGCAGGAGUUGAGAUUUCGGCCUCUGAAGAGCUUUGAGCAGAAAUAUGAAAUGGCAAGAUUUAGAAAGAUCAUGGUUCCCUUUGAAAUUCAGGCGUUGCUGAGCCCUUGCACCUUGGAAUAAACAUUUCUCAUUACUUUGGAAAAAAACAUAUUAAGAUAGAAGAUAAACAUAUUGUUAAGGGUUGAAUUGUGUGUCCUCAAAAGAUGUUGAUGUCCUAAUCCCCAGUACCUGUGGAUGUGACCUUAUUUGGGAAUGGGGUCUUCAUAGAUAUAACCAAGUUAAGAUGAGGUUAUUAGGGUCUUAAUCCAAUGUGACUGGUGACCUCAUAAAAAUAGGAGAAAACAGACACACAGGGAGAAUGCCACAGGAGGACGGUGGUACAGAUCGGAGUGAAGCAGCUGCAAGCCAAAGAUUGCCAGCCCCCAACAAAAGCUAGAAAGAGGUAAGGCAAGAUUUCUCCCCAGAGCCUUCAGAGGAGCAUGGCCCUACUGACACCUUGAUUUUGGACUUUGAGCUUCCAGAACUGUGGGAGAAUAAAUUUCUGCUUUAAGCCACCCAGUUUGUGGUACUUUGUUACUGCAGCUCUAGAUAACAAACAUGUUAACCUUGAUUUUUCUAAAUGUGUUCAUCAACAGUUAAUGUCUGGGAGAUACUGUGCUCUGUGCUAAAGCGUAUAAGAGAAUAAACAUUAGUUAUGGAACAUAAGAAUGUAUAUUCUUUGCCUGUUUCCCCUCAAUACUAUGGUGAUUCAUGUCAAUCCAACAAGAGCAGUAAACAUUUGAAACGUAUAAGACAAGUUCCUAAUCUCAGUUGAUUCACUUUAAAUGCCAAGUCAUUAAUUUGAAUGGAAAAAAUUGCCACGACUGAGUUUAUUGUGCUUUCCUUUGUAAACCACACGUAAACGUUAUUUGCUGGCUGUUAAACUUGCGCAACAGAAUGACUUCCCUGCACUUCGUUGCUUGGUUUCAAAAGUUGUUGCUUGGGGCUUCCCUGGUGGUGCAGUGGUUGAGAGUCCGCCUGCCGAUACAGGGGACACGGGUUCGUUUCCCGGUCCGGGAAGAUCCCCACAUGCCGUGGAGCGGCUGGGCCCGUGAGCCAUGGCAGCUGAGCCUGUGCGUCCAGAGCCUGUGC